GUGAAAAUGAGUUAUGACAGAAAGAUGUUUAACCGCUGUAGCUAGUUGAAUCCCGUUAACUUUCCAUCGUUUAGACCUCGGGACGGUCAGGGAGUACCGUUAGCUAGACGAACGUUAGCUAGACGAACGUUAGCUAACACGGAGCCGAAAAAUGCAUUCUGUACGGAAACGUCGAGGCAACGCUUCACACAGGACACAACAAAUUAGCUCUCCCAGUGGUUUGAAGGAAAAUGUACUACAGAAGAAAAGACAGUGGUUCCACUUUGACCUGUGGUUCUGUCUGACUCUGCAGAACUGGGUACUGGACUUCGGAAGGCCUAUUGUCAUGAUCAUCCUUCCUCUGGAAUGGUUUCCCCUGAACAAGCCCAGUGCUGGAGACUAUUUCCACAUGGCCUACAAUGUCAUAACACCUUUCCUAAUGCUCAAGCUGAUCGAGCGCAGUCCCAGUGCCCUGCCUCGCUCAACGGUCUACCUCAGCAUCAUCACUUUUGUCAUGGGAGCCAGCAUCCACCUGGUGGGAGACUCCAUCAACCACCGGCUCAUCCUGAGUGGCUACCAGCUCCACCUGUCAGUCAGAGAGAACCCCAUCAUCAAAGACCUGAAACCUGCUUCACUGAUCGACUCCUUUGAGCUGCUGUAUUAUUAUGAUGAGCAGCUGGGACACUUGAUGUGGUAUAUUCCUUUCUUCAUCAUUCUGUUCAUCUACUUCACCGGCUGCUUCACCGAGGUGGAAGAACAGAAAAAGAUGCCUGUUUCUGGUUGGCUGUUGCUGGGACCCAGCGCUCUAUACUACUGGUACUUGGUCACUGAAGGACAAAUCACUGAACUUUUCCUCCUCACCUUCCUUGCCAUGGUUGCCAUGGUGAUAUAUCAACAGUGUAAAGGCCUCAGCCCAGACAGCAAUGGCCUGUUCCUGUUCUGUAGUUUCAGUGUGACUGUGCUCCUGGUAGCACUGUGGGUAGGCUAUCUGUGGAACGACCCUGUGCUACGCAACAAGUACCCCGGACUCAUUUAUGUGCCAGAACCCUGGUCCUACUACACCCUACAUAUCAAGAAUGACAACUGACUUACACCUGUCCAGCCAAAUUUCCAGCUACAGUGGUUGCACUUGGACAACAACAAUUGGUGCACAUUGUUGAUGUGCACCAGCCUCGCUUCAAACACAAGGUUCUGCCGGCAUCAGCCAUAUAUUCAUAAGGGAAUCUCUUCUAUUUCUAUUUUCUCUAUCUAGAUCAACUCAAGGUGAAUAUACAGUGUGUAUGGUAUAUUCUUAUAAAUUCUUACUUUGCUUACCCUCAUCAGUGAAUCCAGUCCAGUCAACUACUGACUCCUUUGAGGUUGAUCACAAAUCAGAAGAAAAAAUGUCAGGUUGUUCAAUUAGCUGACUCUUCUCCUCCCUGGCCUCCAAGAAAGAAAAGAAGAACAAGAUGGCAAUCAAUCUUGACUGAUUAACUUAAAAAUACACACAUAUAUAUAUGUAUAUAUAUAUAUAUAUAUAUAGAUAUUAAUUUAUGUUAUGUAGCACUUGUCAAGUGAGAUAAAUAAACUAAACAGCUUGAAAAUAGUAAAAAAAAGCAAUUUAUAUGAAAAAAACAUGUUCUGCAAAAAAGAUACAGCAGCCUCUGUAUCAAUACAAAGCCAAGAAAUAAAAAACCAAGAUAGAAGAGAAUUUUAAAAUAGCAAAGUCACCAAGCAGUUUUAUGUAAACAGCGCGAUCUGUUGGUUAUUAUCUUUAAUUAAAAACAACAAUAUGAAAUGGAGGACUCUUUGAAAGCUAUAAUUUAAUGAAAAAAAAAAAACAUUUGCUCAGGUAUUUAAAGGUGCUUUAAGCAAGUUUUUGUUAUUGCUACAUAGCAUCUUUAGCUAUUUACUUGCCACUAUGCUAACUCUUUUUUACUUUUUAUAUCACUUCUUUUCCCGAAGUUAGCAUGUUAACCAGCUAGCCCCAGCCCGUCACUGUAGUGUCCAGUCUGCCCUCCAUUUGACAUGAGAGGAUGAAGUAGCACUGAUCAAUGGGUGUAUUCUAACUUCUUGUCUUGUGAACGAGGGCUGAAGCUAAGUUUGGCAGGUUUUGUUAAGAUUUAUAUUGUCAUUCAUUUAGACAUGAGAGCUGUGAACUGUUUCUACUAGUUUCCGUUUGUUGUUAUGGUACUAUUUAAGAGUUGUCAUUUGAUUUAUAGCAUAGCCCUAUUGCCAACAUACAAUAUACUGUUGUUUACUACAUUUACUGAGUUUAAGUAACACACAAUUUUUAAUGUUCACAAUGAAAUCUAUUGUGCAGAUGCUUUAACAUUACCUGAAGAGAUAUUUUUAAGAUGCAAAUCAAAACUCAGUUUUUAUGAAAGCAGAAUUUAACUGAUAAGUUGUUACUUUGCUGAUUUUUACAUGUUGAGUGAAUGUCUUUGCCUUUAGAGUUACUGUUCUUAAUGUAAAAUUGCCAUUGUUAAUGUUUUGUACAGUAUUGUUCCUUUACAUAAGAUCAGUUUAUUGCUUGGAAAAAACUGUGUAGUUAUGGUUUAGUUACUGGUUCCUCACUGGUUUGGUCUGUUUAUGUUAA